AUGAAUCCUUUCUUCGCCGAUUGCAUUGUGUCUGGCUUCUUCUCCAAUUCUCGGUCGAUUAACGGUGGCGAUAUUGACAACUUUCUUGCGAGGACAGAAACUGUUGAGACACUCUCAAGUUCUGUGACGUCUGAGUCUGGAAAUUUCAAGAAAAGGAAGUUUGAUAGCUUCUUUACAGAGACUAAGAUUUGUAAUGAGAAGAAGACGAUGAUGAUCAACAUAGGAGUAUUAGUACAAGAAGAAGAAGAAGAGAAGUCAAUAGUAAAAGAGCAAAACAAAGAGAGCAAUAAAAGCAUCAUGAAUAUGAAGAAUAAAGCCAAAGAAGAAGAAAACAAUUGUUCUAACGAUUCAUCAAAAGUGGCCAAGGAGUUGCAGAGAAAAGAUUAUAUUCAUGUUCGUGCUUGGAGAGGCCAAGCCACUGAUAGCCACAGCAUUGCAGUACGAGCUAGAAGAGAAAAGAUCAGUGAGAGAAUGAAGUAUCUUCAAGCUUUAGUUCUUGGAUGCGACAAGAUCACAAGAAAAGCAGGGGCGCUUGAUGAGAUCAUUAACUAUGUUCUGUCUCUUCAGAGACAAGUCGAGGUCUGA